AUGCAAUGUUUUUCUGUAACUAUAUCAGAAGUUUUACUUGCUUAUGCAAAUGCAAUUCGUCGAACAUUUGAACAUGUUGGUGGAGAAGAUCAUAUUUGUUCUAUAUUAAUGAAUAAUAUUCAACAAUUAAGAUUAAAUUUAGAACAAUUAUAUGAAUUAAUGGGUGGUACACAAUUAGAUGAUGAAACUAAAUUUCGACUUACUGAAUUACAAAAACAAUUAAGUGAUGUACUUGAUGAAUUAAGUGCUAUGUUUGUUAAAAGUACUGAAUCAACAAUAAGAGAAUCAAUUGAAGAAGUUUAUAAACAAUUACAACAAAUUAAAGGUAAUCAAAUUGGUAUGGGAAAUAAUAGUGGACAACAAAAAGUUGCUGAAGCUGUGAUUGUUACAAAAUCAUUAUUGGAUUAUCUUGAUCAAAGGUUGACAUUCUUUACAAAUCAAUGUGAAAAAACUGUACUUAAACGUCUUCUAAAAGAAUUAUGGAAAGCUGUUAUUAGUGAUUUAGAGAAAGUUAUUGUUUUGCCACCAUUUGGUGAUUCAAAAAAUCUAUUAACACUCCCAGUAUCUAAAAUUGAAGAUGCUUAUCGACUUUCUAUCAGGAGAGAAUUAGGUCGAGAUAAUGAUCGAAGUUUAACUCAAAAACAAUGUCAAAUAUUAGAUCGUGGUUUAGAAGAUGUAAAAGAAUUUUUUCAUGCAUCUGGACAAGGUUUAAAGAAAAAUUAUUUAGAAAAAACUGCUGAAUUACAAUCACUUAAAUAUGCUCUUUCAUUAUAUACACAAACAACUGAUUCAUUAAUUAAAACAUUUGUUAAAACUGAAAAAGAACAAGAUCGUCCAGCAUUUGAAGAACCUUUUGGUGAAGUAUCAAUUCAAGUUGAUUUAUUUACACAUCCAGGCACUGGUGAACAUAAAGUUACUGUGAAAGGCAUGAAAAAGAAAAAUUAA